GGUAGCUUGGUCGAUGAUUUGACUCGAAUGUCAGUGAUAAUGAGCCGGAUGUUUCACUUGCUAGAAACUGAGGCUAUAGUGAUAGAGGCUUGAUCACUUCGUGGUUUGCUUGCUGUAGGUCCGAAGAGAGUUCUCAGAGGGUAAUCUCUCAGACGUUAGUGCUGAAACAGUGGAUUGUCGUCUUAAAAGGCUAAAGACUCGAUCAACUUGGGAGAUCGAAUCUAUCUUCCAAUCACUGUUGAAGAGUUGCCUUCAAAGAAGCAAGAGUGGCGCUGCAAUUCAGAAGAAGUGAAUUUUGUUCGUGGCCUUGUGUUGCAUAAGGACGAAGCCAUUAUUGCCGUGAAUAAACCCCCUGGAAUGCCUGUUCAAGGUGGUGUAGGCAUCAGUAGAAGCUUGGAUGAGGUGGCCAUUACUUGUUUGAAGUAUGAUCACCAAGAAAACCCUCGGCUGGUGCACAGACUUGACAAAGAUUGCAGUGGCAUCCUGGUGAUGGGCAGGACACAAACAAGUGCAACAUUUUUGCACUCCCUAUUCCAUGAGAAAACUGUUGGAGCAUUAAACAAUGAUACUGAUAGCAGAAAGAGAUUAUUGCAACGGAAGUAUUGGGCACUUGUCAUUGGAUCACCUAGGCGAUCAAAGGGAGUGAUUUCUGCACCACUGGGAAAGGUGCUGAUGGACAAUGGGAAAUCAGAUCGUACAACGAUUAUCAAUGGCAGUCAUACGAUCCCAUCUCAUCAUGCACUAACAGAGUAUCAAGUGAUUGAAUCUCGUCAUGGCUAUACGUGGCUAGAGCUGUCACCGCUCACUGGAAGAAAGCAUCAGGUAUGUUAUAACCAAGAUGUUUACAUUCCCAAAAAAGAACUUGAAUCAAGAUUUUGUCUUAUCAGUUUACGUGCACAUCUCUGA